CCGGCCCGCGCCCGCCGCCUGCAGCUCCGGGCCCUGCGCAGUAGGCUCGCCGGCUCCGCCCGGGGUCGCUGGAUGCGGGGCCGCGGACUUUCUCUGCUGGAGCCCGGGCGCCAGUUUGGCGACACUGACGGCUACGUGCAGCGUUGCGUUCCCUCGGUGCCGGCGACAGUGACAUCGCCGCCCCGCUCGGGACCCCUUCUCUGUGGUGCAGCGUCGCGGCGGAGGUCGCGUCCGGGCCCGGGCGAGCGCGGCCGGUUCGCCGCUGAGCAGCUUGGCAGUUACGGCUGGCUCGACUUCCCGGAGUGUGCAAUAGGCGUGCAGUGGCACGCGCGACGCGCCUAGCCUGCUGGACCCACGGCGAGCGAGCGAGCGUCGGUCCCCGCUCCUCCCAGCCCGCCUUCCGCUAAAAGUCUCCACUCCCACCACGGAUUCGAGGCCAGAUUGCCACAUUCUGGAGAUCAUGGUAACGAUACAGGAAGUGUGUGCUUAAUUUCUCAUUUCUGCAAGUAGUCGUGACUAUUGAAGAAAGAGAUUUUUAGCUGCAGCAAAAUUAAUUUUGGUUCUUUUUAUGGAAAUCCUGAUUUUGUUUCUAAAUCUUGAUAGCUUUUUGCUGAAGGUAUGAACAAGCGAAGAGCUUGUCUGCAUAGGCAAAUGCUCCUUGCUGAGAAUGUCUAGAAGAGGCGCCGCUCUUCCCACCCGUGCCCACUGGCUGCUGCUGGGUCUGGCUCUGCUCUGCAGCUUGGUGCUGUUUCUCUAUCUUCUGGAAUGUGCCCCCCAGACCGAUGGAAAUGCAUCUCUUCCCGGGGUUGUCGGGGAAAGUUACGGUAAAGAGUAUUAUCAAGCCCUCUUACAGGAGCAAGAGGAACAUUAUCAAACCAGGGCAGCCAGUCUGAAGCGCCAGAUUGCCCAAUUAAAGCAAGAAUUACAAGAAAUGAGUGAGAAGAUGAGGUCACUGCAGGAGAGAAGGAACAUGGGGGCUAAUGGCAUAGGCUACCACAGCAACGGCGAGCAAGCCCCUGGUGACCUGUUAGAGUUCCUUCACUCCCAGAUCGACAAGGCCGAAGUCAGCGUAGGAGCCAAGCUGCCCAGUGAGUACGGUGUCAUUCCCUUUGAGAGCUUUACCUUAAUGAAAGUUUUUCAGUUGGAAAUGGGUCUCACCCGUCAUCCUGAAGAAAAGCCGGUUAGGAAAGACAAACGAGAUGAAUUGGUAGAAGUUAUUGAAGCUGGAUUGGAAGUCCUUAAUAAUCCUGAGGAAGAGGAUGAACAGGAAGAUGAGGAGGGUCCCCUUGGAGAGAAACUGAUAUUUAACGAAAAUGACUUCAUAGAAGGUUACUACCGCACUGAGAGAGAUAAAGGCACACAGUACGAGCUCUUUUUCAAGAAAGCAGAUCUGAUGGAGUACAGACACGUGACUCUCUUCCGCCCUUUUGGGCCUCUCAUGAAGGUGAAGAGUGAUGUGGUUGACAUCAGCAGAGCCAUCAUCAACAUCAUUGUGCCUCUUGCCCAAAGAACAGAAGCGUUCAUACAGUUCAUGCAGAGCUUCAGGGAAGUUUGUAUUCAUCAGGACAAGAGGAUCCAUCUCACAGUGGUGUACUUUGGUAAAGAAGGACUGUCUGAAGUCAAAUCUAUCCUAGAAUCUGUCACAAGUGAGUCUAAUUUUCACAAUUACACCUUGGUCUCAUUGAAUGAAGAAUUUAAUCGAGGACGAGGACUAAAUGUGGGUGCCCAAGCUUGGGACAAGGGAGAGGUCUUGAUGUUUUUCUGUGAUGUUGAUAUAUAUUUCUCAGCCGAAUUCCUUAACAGCUGCCGGUUAAAUGCUGAGCCAGGUAGAAAGGUGUUUUACCCCGUGGUGUUCAGCCUUUACAACCCUGCCAUCGUUUAUGCCAACCAGGACGCCCCACCCGCCGUGGAGCAGCAGCUGGUUCAUAAAAAGGAUUCUGGUUUUUGGCGAGAUUUUGGCUUUGGAAUGACUUGUCAGUAUCAGUCAGAUUUCCUCACUAUUGGUGGGUUUGACAUGGAAGUGAAAGGCUGGGGUGGAGAAGAUGUCCACCUGUACCGGAAGUACUUGCACAGCGACCUCAUUGUGGUCCGCACCCCAGUUCCUGGUCUUUUCCACCUCUGGCACGAGAAGCACUGUGCAGAUGAGCUAACUCCAGAGCAGUACCGCAUGUGCAUCCAGUCUAAGGCCAUGAGUGAGGCCUCGCACUCCCACCUAGGCAUGAUGGUCUUCCGGGAGGAGAUUGAGAUGCACCUUCACAAGCAGGCCUACCGGACAAACAGUGAGGCCGCCGGGUAGCACUCAGCGUGCUGCACCCAGCCUCACCACAGCCAGCAGUAUUUGCUUAGCCUUAACUGUCCUUCAGAUGCCCUGCCUCUCCUGGAGAAGACAUGUUUCUUAUGUUCUUCUGAUGGUUUUGCAGUUUACCGAGUUACAAGAAGAAAAACAAAAUGAGUUUCAGUGCAAAGCCUGCUUUGUGAUGUACUGCACUGUGGAACAGUCAACAAAGGAAAUUAGUGUUUGCCUCAGAAGUAGCUUGGGGUUCAUGUGUGCCUGAGGCCUGUGUUGCUCAUGGCAGGAUUGUGUGGCACCAGUGCACACUGGGUGGGGGCGGGGCAGGGGCUGGCCUGUAGGAUGGCAGCUUCCUGCUCCUCUGCCCACCCACCAGCGCAUCAGUCAGCCUGCUGCCUUUUUUAAAUGAGAGCUUUGUUUGGCAGCACGAAGCAGCAGUGGAUGAUGAAAUGCUGCAUCUGAAAUCCCACUCAGUCGACAGAAGGUAGAAAGAAAGCCCCAUAACCUACUGUUGCUUAGCUCCUAGAGGUCUGAUCCUAAGCAAAUGGUGAAAGUACAAAACUGAACAGAAUGUGAGGUGUAUCACCAUGCUGUGCAUUAGUAGUCACAGGUGCUGUCAGCUGCUUAGAGUGAAAGAAGUAUACAGAAGCAUUUUUAACAGAGCAUUUGCUACAGUGCCCUGCAGCCUACAGCAGUGGCCCAGACAGAAGCUUCUGUGAGCCAGACACUUGGUCCUUCCCGGCCAGGUGCAGAGUGUACACGCACAGCGGGCUUGGUUUCUGCUUUGCCUUUCCUCAUUUAGCAUGGAUUCAUUUAUAUUAUCUUUCAUCUUCUAAUAUGUUAAUAUUUGCUAUCUAUAUUUGCAUUACUCUAAUACAUAGUGGAAAGAGCAUUUUGCUAAGGGAGGAAAACAAGUGAGCUAUAAGAUCAGUCUGAUGUAAGAAAAAAGAUAGCAGUCUCUGCAGAAAGAGAACGGCUGGUGGCUUUAGAGAAGUACAGCGAUUGCAAACAGCAUGUUUUAAUUUAAGUGUCACAUCAAUGGAACAAGAUGAGGAAGAGUGAUAUUCAGAGAGGACUGUCCUAUAUUUAUCACACAUGGCCCUUUCACCAGGGGCACAAUUUCUGUAGUCUGAGAUUGGGAGAAAAGAUGAAGGAUGCGCAUAAGCUUUGUAACCUUCGAUAUUUGUAUAGCAACCCCCCAAAGUUCACAGGAGAAAGAUUACUGCUGUUACAAUAUGAUUUACUGUUCUUGCUGAGUAAAUCAUAUCACCUGAAAUCUUACAAUUUCCAAAUUUCUAGGUGCUACACAAGUCCAGCUUUACAAUAACUAAUUGUUCUUACACACUUUAAGUUGGGGGAAUGGGUCUUAAGUUACCCAAAAGAUCUCUCCAAAGUAAUGGAGGCUGUUGUCUCCUUUUGUAUGCAGGUAUUUAUUGUGAAGACCAGUGAGUUAUGGCAUUAAAAUGAGAGAAUUAAAUUAUUUGCAGAAGUAAGUUGCCGCUUACCUUUGUGGGAGGAUCAAGUGAUUUUUUUCCUUCUAUUUUUUUAAACUAGCUUAUAACUUAAAGAUGGAAGCUAAUCAGUGGAACCAUUGCUGUUUUUGACAUUAAAUGGUACUAAUAAAGUAUUUUAUUACCAAAAACUAAAAGCAUGGUAAAUUAAUUUCUACUAUAAAAUCUCAUAAAUACAUAAAUGUGCAUAAAAUGCCAUUAUGUUCUUAAAGAAUAAUAAAGCAAACACCAGCGCACUGUACC